AUGACUGGUACAGAGAUUGAUGAGUCUGACGAAGCUAUGGAAAGAAAUAAUGGAGAAAAGAUUUUGAAGUCUUUCUGCUUUAAUGAAUGCACCAACUCAACCAGAAGACAAACAAUUAAAAUCCAGCACUGCUUGCAAACAAGACAAAGGGCAUCCUCCUUUGCUGUCUCAUAGGAUAAGGAUGCUAUGGGUAAGGCUGUGGUACACACACAGAUACCUCAUUUGUACCUCUGGCUGGAGAUACUGACAAUUCUUUCAUCAUGGCCCUUGACUGGGUAUGCCCAGCACACCAGCCUCCCAGAAGUAGUGAUACCCUUACAGGUCACAGGCAACAGACCAACGUGGGCUAUGGGAUGGCUGACCUAUAGCCUGCACUUUGGGGGCCAGAAACACUUUAUUUACAUGAAGGCCAAGAAGUUCUUGGUAUCAAGACUCUUCUCUGUAUUCACUUACACUAAGCAAGGUGCUCUACACAAAGAUCAGCCUUAUGUCCAGAAUGAUUGCUACUACCAUGGCUUUAUGGAUGGAGACACAGAGUCCAGGGUUGCUAUUAACACCUGCUAUGGAGGCUUUCAAGGAAUAUUACAGAUAAAUGGCACAGUGUAUGAAAUCAAGCCCAAGAAACUUUCUUCUACAUUUGAACAUUUGGUUCACAAGCUAGACAGUGAGGAGAAAGCUUCACUUCCCAUGAGAUGUGCCUUGACAGAAGAAGAGAUAGCACGGCAAAUGAUGCUUCAGAAGAAUGAGAACCCCACUCUGAUGCAAAGCCAGUAUGAGGGAUGGUGGACUCACAAGCGUUUUCUUGACCUGGCAUUGGUUGUUGACCGUGAUCGAGUUCGUUAUCAUAACAAUAAUAGGACACAUGUGUUAAUGGAAGUUUUCAUCAUUAUCAAUAUAAUUAAUGAUAUUUUUCUUGCACUGGAUAUUGAGGUAAUUUUAAUUGGAGUUGAGAUGUGGAAUGAAGGAAACCUUGUUCCAGUGAAUAGAAUGGAUAUUCUUCUAAAAGAGUUUUGUAUUUGGAAGACUCUCAGCUUUAAUAUUCGUAUUCCAAAUGACAUUACACAUAUUUUUGUGAAUCAUUAUUACGGUGGGCUCCUUGGUUUAGCUUAUGUUGGAACUGUCUGUGUGCCAUCUCUUAAUUGUGGAGUUGAUCGUCUGUUAGGACGUGACCUUUUGUUAUUUGGACAUAUUAUAGCACACGAGAUGGGUCAUAAUUUGGGUAUGAAGCAUGACAGAAGCUCAUGUACAUGUGGAACUAAGGAUUGCUUAAUGUCUGCAACAUACAAUGGCAACGAUGCAUUCAGUAACUGUAGUUAUGAUGCACUUUGGACAAAAUAUGCUACUGCAAAUUGUUUGCGCAAGGAUAAGAAGUCAAUAGGCAACCUAGGAACCCAGUUCUGUGGUAAUGGAGUGGUUGAUGACGGAGAGCAGUGUGAUUGUGGAGACAGGCAUUCGUGUGCAGUAGAUCAAUGUUGUAACUCCAGGUGUACCCUCAAUGAUGGUGCUGCCUGUGCUUUUGGGCUUUGCUGCUUACAUUGUCAGAUCUUGCCAGCAGGCACAAUCUGCAGAGAAAAGGUCAAUGAAUGUGACCUUCCAGAAUGGUGCAACGGGCAUUCCUCUAAGUGUCCUAAUGACGUUUAUUUGCUCAACGGGAGCCCCUGUAAAGAUGGUGGCUACUGCUAUGAAAAGAGUUGUAAUAUCCGAGAUGAACAGUGUAAGCAAAUCUUUGGCAAAGAAGCCAGGAGUGCAUCUCACAGUUGCUACAGAGAACUCAACACCCAAGGUGACCGUUUUGGCAACUGUGGUAUGAUCAGAGAUACAUACUUAAGAUGUAGUGACUCAGAUAGCCUCUGUGGCAGAGUUCAGUGUGAGAACGUAACAGGCAUUCCAUUUUUGCAAGAGCAUUCCACUAUACACUGGACUCAUCUCAAUGGUGUCACCUGCUGGGGGACUGACUACCAUUUUGGGAUGACAAUCCCUGACAUUGGUUUUGUGAAAGAUGGCACAGACUGUGGUCCAGAGCAUGUGUGUAUUAAUAAGAAGUGUGUCCGUAAGUCCAUGUGGCUACAUCAGUGUUCACCCAAGACAUGUACUAUGAAAGGUGUAUGCAACAACUUAUACCACUGCCACUGUAACCAUGGGUGGGAGCCACCACAUUGCCUGGAAAGUGGCCUUGGAGGGAGUGUUGACAGUGGCCCACCACCUGGGGAAGAAGAGGAACCCCAGGAAAAUAUGAACCUGAUUAUUCUGGUUGUUUUUGUUAUUUUCUUAUUCUUUCUGUUACCUUGGCUUUUGAAUAGGUAUGUUUCCACUUCAGAGGAGGAGGAAGAGAACAAUAUAGCAAGCCAUGAGUUCCAACAGCAACAGGUUGAAAUGUGA